GUAGUAAUAAAAUAAAGCACCGUUAAAUGAAGUUGAAAUAAUCAAUCACACUCAACGAGUGCUCCUCCACCCCCAGCUGCAAUAAAACACCCUCUCCGUUACAUUUCCACCACUCGCUAUUUCUCCCUUAGUCUCUGCUCAUCAAUAUGGCCAAAUUUUCUUUCCCUGUUACACUUGCGUUUUUCGCGCUCAUAUUCUCUGUGCUGAUUAGCGUUCACAGCGUCGCAGCUGCUAUAGACGUUAUUCAGACGAAUCAUCACGUUGUUGUUGAAAUGCCAAAAACCUUGCAAGCGAUGCUUGAGAGCGACGCUGAUCGUCAGCAGACGUUUUUACGGAGACAAUCCGUGAUGAAGAAGCAUCAGAGGGUGCACAGCAUUGUUAAAAUUAGACGACAAUUAGUCGAGGAAACAAGAAACAAUGUGAGCACCAGGGACGGGGUGAAUGUGGCGGUUGAAAUGAGUAUGCACUCCGGGGCUGAUUUUGGGAUCGGGCAGUACGUGGUGGCGUUCAAGGCCGGGACUCCGUCGCAGAAAUUGAAGCUGAUUGUGGAUACGGGAAGUGAUCUCACUUGGAUCAACUGCAAGUACAGAGGUGCGAAUGGGGAGGAGAGUAGAGAUGAGGUGUUUGAAGCGGAUAAUUCGUCGUCGUUUGAUACAAUUCCUUGUUCUUCAGAGAUGUGCAAAGUGGAGCUGUCGAAUCUGUUCUCGCUUGCUAUGUGUCCUUUGCCUUCCAACCCCUGCGCCUUCGAUUACAGGUACUCAGACGGAUCUUCAGCAAUAGGAAUUUUCGCCAACGAGACUGUAACAGUUGGUCUCACAAACGGCAGAAAAGCAAAACUCGAAAAUGUACUCAUGGGAUGCAGCCAAUCUUCCGAGGGACCAAGCUUCCGCGGAAAGGCAGCACCUGAUGGCGUACUGGGAUUGGGGUUUAGCAAGUCAUCAUUUGCUAUAAGAGCUACAGACACUUUUGGAGGCAAGUUCUCCUAUUGUUUGCCGGAUCAUUUAAGCCCUAAAAACGUCUCCAGUCACCUCACAUUCUCUAACCCUUCCUACCAAAACGCCGCUACGAACAAGAUUUACACCACCCUUGGCGCAAUUGGUACAUUUUAUGCUGUCAACAUUAGGGGAAUAUCAGUAGGGGAUGAAAUGUUAGACAUUCCGGGUGAAAUAUGGGAUGUCAAUGGCGUUGGUGGCGCGAUACUUGACACGGGUUCCAGCCUUACCUUCCUCGCAUUGCCAGCUUACAAGCCUGUAGUAGCUGCACUGGCAUUGUCACUGAAUAGAUUUCAGAGACUGGGCAUCAAAAUUGGACAGUUGGAAUACUGCUUUAACGCCACGGGCUUCAACGAGUCCCGGGACACGCCGAGACUUAUGUUUCAUUUCCAAGACGGAAGUAGAUUCGAGCCACCUGUGAAGAGUUAUGUGAUUGAUGCAGCCGAUGAAGUCAAGUGUCUUGGUUUAGUGCCAACCGGUUGGCCUGGAGUUUCCGUGAUUGGUAACAUUAUGCAACAGAGUCAUAUAUGGGAAUAUGAUUUAGUAAACGGUAAGCUGGGGUUUGCUCCCUCCAGCUGCAGUUAAGGCAAGGGAUGUAUAUUGUUCUUGUAGAGCUAAAGAUUUGUGUAACAUAAACUAGCUCAACCAUCCAGUAGUAAAUAAUAUCAAAAUUUACAUAAUGUUAUUCUGUUGAGAUGUAACGUUGGGAUAAGCUAGGUACAAAAAUGUAUAUUAGGCACAUUAUUGUGGUGGGGAUCUUUCAUCCUCGCCUUUUCUUUUUGUAUGUCAUCCUUUAAACACUUUAGUCA